GAUCCCCUGGGUCGUUUUAUUAUACUAAAAAUCCAAAUCGAUGACAAAGUAUAUGUUCUUGUAAAUAUCUAUGCACCGAACAAAGAUAAAGAUCUAAUUCAGUUUUUUAGAAAAUUACAUGGCCUGCUUCAAACGGAAGACUUAGACUCAGAGGAAAACAUUAUAUUAGGGGGUGAUUUCAAUUGUCCGUUAAAUCCAGCUCUUGAUAAACACGGUGGUGUCAUGAUUCCAAGAAGAGCAGCAAUUGAUAGUAUUGAAACUUUACAAAGCGAACUGGACUUAGUUGAUAUUUGGAGAAUUAAGAACCCUCAAACAGGAAGUUACACUUGGAGUCAAAAAUCCCUAACAGUUCUCUGUCGACUAGAUUUUUGGCUUAUCUCUAACAAUCUCUGUGAUCGCUACUGAAAUACAGCCUGCAAUACGCACAGAUCAUGCUGAAAUAACCUUAACUCUAGAAGACAUUGGAGAGAUAAAAGGUCCUGGUAUAUGGAAAAUGAAUGUUUCGCUCUUAGAGGAUGAAAACUACCUAGAACAGUUACGAAUUAAUAUACCCAAAUGGAAACAAGAAGGUGAAAUUGAUCUGUCUGACAAACGCUGCGUUUGGGAC